UCCCUGUGCCACAUCCCUGUGCCACAUCCACAUCCCUCCCUGUGCCACAUCCACAUCCCUCCCUGUGCCACAUCCCUCCCUGUGCCACAUCCCUCCCUCCCUGUGCCACAUCCCUGUGCCACAUCCACAUCCCUCCCUGUGCCACAUCCACAUCCCUCCCUGUGCCACAUCCCUCCCUGUGCCACAUCCCUCCCUCCCUGUGCCACAUCCCUGUGCCACAUCCCUGUGCCACAUCCCUCCCUGUGCCACAUCCCUGUGCCACAUCCAUCCCUCCCUGUGCCACAUCCCUGUGCCACAUCCCUCCCUGUGCCACAUCCCUCCCUCCCUGUGCCACAUCCCUGUGCCACAUCCCUGUGCCACAUCCCUCCCUGUGCCACAUCCCUCCCUGUGCCACAUCCCUCCCUGUGCCACAUCCCUGUGCCACAUCCCUGUGCCACAUCCCUCCCUGUGCCACAUCCCUCCCUGUGCCACAUCCCCCCCUGUGCCACAUCCAUCUCUGUGCCACAUCCCCCCCUGUGCCACAUCCCUCCCUGUGCCACAUCCUUGUGCCACAUCCCCCCCUGUGCCACAUCCCUCCCUGUGCCACAUCCACAUCCCUCCCUGUGCCACAUCCCUCCCUCCCGGGGAAGGGCCCGCGGGCCCCGGGGAGGAGCAGCAGCAGCAGCAGCGCAGCAAUUCCAGCGCAGCAAUUCCCGGCCCGCGGCCCUUUUCCAGGCAGCCUCCCCCCCCUCCCACCCCCUUUUCGGCCCCAUAAAUCCUCCCCAGGUUAUUCCAGCGGGGCCGCGGCAGCGAAUCUGGAGCUCGGGGGGAGCUCGGCGGGUCCCCCCCAGCGCCCACCCGCGGCACCGCCUUUGUCUCCGCAGCCUUUCGAGCUCUGCCUCUCCUCCUCCUCCUCCUCCUCCUCCUCCUCCUCCUCCUCCUCCUCCUCCUCCUCCUCCUCCUCCCUGUGCUGCAAAGACACGCCGGUAGUUGCAACAACAUCGCUGGAAUUUGUUUGCCAGCUUUUUCCGGGGGGGAUGG